CAUGGUUUCAGAGUAGGCGUUAUGCCUUCGCUGGCUGGCAACAGAAUCGCUCCCGAAAAGCCAGUCUGAUGAAGACAACGGUCAUACCCCUUAUCGCUUGUCGCUCUCGCUGGACAUGCAGGUGCUUCCCCACUUGGAUAGAGACAUUCUCGUUCUGGAGUCCUAUCGGCGUGUGUUCGAUCGAGCGUGGAGACUAUACUUGAAGUCAUCUGGUCUAGGGAUAGUGCUCACUGGGCAACCCGGAAUCGGUAAAUCCGUCUGGUUGUGGUACGCCCUUACCCGGCUGUUGAGAAAGCACCAAGUCAUAUUGUUUUCUUAUGGACACGCAAUUUAUCUGUUUCACUUUGAUGGCGUAUACUCAUUUCAGGGCAAUGUCUUUGGCACUCGUCAUCUUCCUCAACCCCCUCCUGGCACGUUUAUCUGGGGAUUGAUAGACUCCGAUAAAGUGGUUGAAGAACCUAGUCCAGAGUUGACAUCUCCGCCUAUCUUUCCUAUCCAUGCUGCUUCUCUAGACCGAAAGCGAUACAAGGAAUGGCGGAAGCAACGAGAGGCACUGACGUGGGGUCUGCGCCUGUGGGAGCGCGAAGAGCUUGUGGCGGGUCUCGAACUACAGGAGGAGUACGCCGAUUUGUAUGAAACAGUGGUCAGCAUUCUUAGGGGGGAAGGGAUCCUUCGGAACCUCAGCCCACUCGUUAUGACGAUCGAAGCGAGCACGGUGGCGCCGAACAUGCUUUCGAAAAGAUGGGAAAGGAAGAAUCCGAGAAACUCUCACGCGAAAUGAUGGUCAAGACCCUCGAGAACGUGAUCAGUUGUAUGGCUACUCUGCAUGCGAUGUCUACGAAGGCGUCUUUAGGCCUGAGGGGGUUGAGCAUUCUCACAUCGAGGCGUUGGAAGAUGCGUCUUGGGAUGAGCUUCGAAGGGCCCUUCCAAAGAACAAUGAAAGUUCUGGAAAGGCUUCCUAUCGCCUAGUCGCUGUCGAUGUUGCCAGAACUGGCGACAUCUAC